CGCCAACGCAUUGGCAGAUCUUUUGCAAGGUCAAUCGAUUAAGGCACUUGAGCCAUACUUGCAAGAUCUAUGGACUAUGUGCUUUAGGGUUUUGGAUGAUAUUAAAGAAAGUGUACGUGUCGCUGCUUUUAAAACAUGUCGAUCACUUACAAAAAUUACUGUGAAAUAUUGUGACCCUGAUAAUGUAUCCAUCAACGAUGGUCAAAAAAUAAUGAACAUUAUAAUGCCAUUCCUAUUGACGAAAGGCCUGGUGUCUGAUUCUGAAGAUGUGCGCAAAUUUUCUCUAAAAACAAUCCUUAAGAUUUGCAAAUCAGCAAGGGUUCUACUAAAGUUGCAUAUUACAGAAAUUGUUGGAACUUUGUUAGAAGGGUUGUCUAGUAUGGAGCCACAAGUUAUGAAUUAUCUUAGUUUCCAUGUUGAGAAAUACGAUGUCACUCAAGAACAGCUUGAAAACUCUCGAUUAUCUGCUGCAAAAAUGUCUCCGAUGAUGGAAGGUAUCGAGUCAUGUAUUGAUUAUAUUGACGAAAGUGUUAUGGAAAAUUUAACACCUAGACUAUUACAACUUGUCCGUAAGGGUAUCGGACUACCAACAAAGGCUGGUUGUGCACGAUUCUUGGUAUCAAUGUGUCUCAAAAAAGCAUCAAUAGUAAAACCACACGCUGACGCUAUCAUGAAAGCUUUAAGUGGUGCUAUUACUGAUGUGUCACCUGCAGUCCGUAAAUCAUACGCUGUUGCCGUUGGUUAUGUUGCCCAUUUAUCGCCGGAUAAUACAUUAAUUAGGUUCAUUGAACAAGAAAUACGUUCAAUUUCGGGUAUAACUACUCUGGAGAUUUCUAGACAUGCAUCGGACGAGCUAAAGCGAGUAUAUGUGGAAAUAUUACCGCUUGCUUACUAUGGGUUACAUGAUUCCGAUACAGGGAUUAAGAAUGUAUGGAAUCAAGUAUGGGACGAGAAUACUGCUGGUUCUACCAGCGCAAUUAAACUGUAUCUUAAAGAAUUAAUAGAUCUUUUGUCUACAUUGCUGGAGUCACCAUCAUGGCAAACUAAGCAUCAAGCUGCAUUGACAAUUGCAGAUGUUGCUAAAAUCAUAGAAAAAAGUUUAUUGCCAUAUAUGGCACAAGUUAUCCCACUAUUAAUGGAUGGUUUGUCAGGAAGGACGUGGGUUGGAAAAGAGGCACUUGUUGAAGCACUUGUAACGGCUUCUAUUUCAUGUAAAGAAUAUUUUGCUGAUAGUAAUACACGCGCACAAUUGGAUGCUAUUUCAAAAAUUCUUGUGCGUGAGAGCAAAAAAACUAAUAAGCAGUAUAAGCGCCACUGUAUCGAUAAUCUGGGAAGAUUCGCAGAUGCUUAUAUUGAUAGUUUGGAACUUUACGCAGAUGUAAAGGAAUUUUUAAUUGAAUUGGCAACUAGUGAACAAGACCCUAAUGAAAUGGACGAAGAUGACGCCAAUCAACAACCAUUGUUCUUAUUAGUUAAAGCAAGUUCGAUGAAAUGUCUUGGUUUAGUGUGGCCUAGAAAAAAGGAAAUUCAAGCACUACAUUCUAAAGAACUUGGUAUCGUGCUCGCAACUGCAUUGGAAUCAAGUAAAAACAUCUGGAAUGUUCGUCUAGGCGUUCUUACAUCUCUCGAUAAAUAUAUAGAUAAAUUAGAUCUUACAGAGAGUGAUAAACUAUUGAUAUUGGAUGAAGAAACCUUGCUUUCUAUUUUCAAAGGAUUAAAAAAUGGACUACAAGAUGCAAAAUAUGUUGCAAUUCGUACAGCAAGUUUGGAUAGUUUGAAAAAAAUUAUUGAGAAAGUUAAAG